CCUAACUUACCUACAAAAGAAGACCAUCCUAGACCAAUCUAUGAUGUCAAUACACAAAAAUGUAUCCCAAGGAGUGUCCCAAGACCGUUCCAUAGGAUAGUUUAAUGGUGCAUCCAGAAUAGGUGCGCGCGUGCCGCCGGUAUAUAAGACCAGGCUCGGCGGUUGUCGGCACAGUCCGGCUCGGUGCGUUGCCUCACGAACCCGCCUGCCAAACAAUCGUUUUUCACGUCUUUUUCUAACUUACUUCAACUACAACAAUGAGGGAAUGCAUCUCCGUCCACAUCGGCCAGGCCGGCGUGCAGAUCGGCAACGCUUGCUGGGAGCUGUACUGCCUGGAGCACGGCAUCCAGCCUGAUGGCCAGAUGCCCUCGGACAAGACUCUCGGAGGAGGAGACGACUCCUUCAACACCUUCUUCAGCGAGACCGGCGCCGGGAAGCAUGUGCCACGAGCUGUGUUUGUGGACCUGGAGCCUACUGUUGUUGACGAGGUCCGCACCGGCACGUACCGCCAGCUCUUUCAUCCGGAACAGCUUAUCACUGGCAAGGAGGACGCCGCCAACAACUACGCCCGCGGACACUACACCAUCGGCAAGGAGAUCGUCGAUGUCGUCCUCGACAGGAUCAGGAAACUCGCUGACCAGUGCACUGGUCUCCAGGGAUUCCUGGUGUUCCACUCGUUCGGAGGCGGAACCGGCUCCGGCUUCACGUCGCUGCUGAUGGAACGCCUCUCCGUCGACUAUGGCAAGAAGUCUAAGCUCGAGUUCUCCAUUUACCCCGCACCUCAGGUGUCGACCGCCGUCGUGGAACCCUACAACUCCAUCCUGACGACCCACACCACACUGGAGCACUCGGACUGCGCCUUCAUGGUAGACAACGAGGCCAUCUACGACAUCUGCAGGAGGAACCUCGACAUCGAGAGGCCGACAUACACCAACCUCAAUAGGCUGAUUGGACAGAUCGUGUCAUCGAUCACCGCGUCGCUCCGUUUCGACGGUGCCCUGAACGUGGACCUGACGGAGUUCCAGACCAACCUGGUGCCCUACCCCCGCAUCCACUUCCCGCUCGCCACGUACGCGCCCGUCAUCUCCGCCGAGAAGGCCUACCACGAACAACUCACCGUCGCUGAGAUCACCAACGCUUGCUUCGAGCCAGCCAACCAGAUGGUGAAAUGCGAUCCUCGUCACGGCAAAUACAUGGCCUGUUGUAUGUUGUACAGGGGUGACGUCGUUCCUAAGGACGUAAACGCUGCCAUUGCUACUAUUAAGACCAAGAGGACGAUUCAGUUCGUAGACUGGUGUCCAACAGGUUUCAAGGUGGGCAUCAACUACCAGCCCCCCACCGUGGUGCCGGGCGGUGACCUGGCCAAGGUGCAACGCGCUGUGUGCAUGUUGUCCAACACCACUGCCAUCGCUGAGGCUUGGGCCAGGCUUGACCACAAGUUCGACUUGAUGUACGCAAAGCGCGCGUUUGUCCACUGGUACGUAGGUGAGGGUAUGGAGGAGGGAGAGUUUUCCGAGGCUCGCGAGGACUUGGCAGCAUUGGAGAAGGAUUACGAAGAAGUAGGAGUCGACUCCACGGAGGGAGAACUCGACGAGGAGAACGAAUACUAGAGGAGAGACGUGAACGAUUGACUACAAACCUUCAUAGAAGAGAGAAUACUUGACUUGUCUUUUUAGUCGAUUAUGUACUUAAUCGAGCUUUGUGAUAUCUCGUGACUGGCAAUACUUUUGUAUCGAUAAAAUUGGAAUGCACACACAAAUAGACAAGCACUAAGGUCGAGUCGACUAACAAUAAAACUAUUAGUCGAUAACAGUUUGUACUCAACCGUUCUUGACAUGGAGUUUUAUAAUCAUAAUUAUUUUGAACUAAUGCCGUCAGUAAAAUGAAAAUUCUACAAUAAUAUUAGUAUAAGGGAUGCUGAAUUUUAUGAAUGCGUUAACAGUACAAACUUUGAGAAAAUAAACUUCCAAAAAAUGGAACGUUAAGUUUGGACGUCUGUGAAUGGGUAAAAUAUAUUUGCAUUUAUUAAUUUUAAAACAAAUUCGUGAUAAUCUAACAUUCUUGGAGUUAGAUGUAGUUUAUAUAAUUAAUGUAGGCUAACUUAUUGAGAUCUAAUUUUAUGCAUCAGAGAAGUGACUUGUGUGUUUGAGAAUCGUUUAUUUUUAAUGCACAAUAAAGAUUUUUACACAUAAAAA